CGGGCAAAAAGUGGAAGGAGCCACAGGCUGCCCUGGCCGGCACUCCCCGCGCUCGCCCUCCGUCCCCGCCCGACGCCGCCGCGUGGCACAGCCCCUCGCAAACAUGUUGCGGCCAACCAACGGCCUGCGCGUCCUCGUGCGCGCCUGCCACUCCGCCGGCGGCCCGCGCGCCGGCUACGACGCCGCCACCUCGUCUGGUUAUUUCCGACCGGACCCGAUGCAGCUUGCGGCGCUAGACCACCUCGAAAAGGUCUACGCACGGGUGUCGACCGCGCACACCGCCGCCGGUCCCGCUGGCGUGUACCUGCACGGCCCGGUCGGCAGCGGCAAGACCGCGCUCAUGGACCUGCUGCUGCAGAGCUGCCGCGGUGCGGGCGCCAGCUGCCGCCGGCUGCACUUUCACGAACUGAUGGAGCACGCGCACCGACAGAUGCACAAGAAACGGGCGCCGCCUGAGAUUGGCGCCGACCUCGCCGCCGAGGCGUCCCUCGUCUGCCUUGACGAGAUGGCGCUCACCGACAUCGCCGACGCCGCCAUUGUCACGCGCCUGCUCGAGGGUUGCGUGAGCGGCGGUGCUGCCGUCGUGACGACAUCAAACCGGCGGCCGGAGGAGCUGUACUGGAACGGGCUCAACCGGCACGUCUACAUCCCCGGCUUUUGCGAGAUGCUCGGGCGGCGCGGCGUCGUCGUGCACGAGCUGCAGGCGGAGGGCGACACAGACUACCGCGCCCGCCGCGCGGACCAAGGAACGAGGCGCAAGGCCGAGGCCAGCGCCGUCGGCGGUGACGUCAGCGGCGACGGCGCGGAGGCUGCCGCCGGCGGCGCGCGCUACCACUGGCCUGCGGACGGGGCGGCGGCGGCGGCGAUCCGGCGGUCCUUCGAGGCGCGUGGCGGCGCGCUGGGCCGCGUGCGGCUGCCGCUCGGCGAGAGCGGGCGGCGCGGCCUCGACCUGCCACUCGCCAACCGGGUGGGGUGCGUGGUGAGCUUCGCGACGCUCUGCGGGAGCGCGCUCGGCGCCGCAGACUACCUCGAGCUGGCGAGGCGGUACGAGCUGCUCGCGGUGGAGGGGGUGCCUGCGCUCACGCCCGAGGACCACAACGCGGCGAGGCGCUUCAUCACGCUGAUCGACGUGUGGUACGACCAGGGCAAGGAGCUCCCUCCUCUCGCCGCCAGCCCGUGGACGUGGACGGCGUCUCUUCACGCCUCUUCCUGUGAGCAGGAGCUGCACCUCUCGUCGGCGGUGCCGCUGCCGCAGCUCUUCUCCGGCAUGCACGAGGAGGGAAUGCGAGCCUCCCUCGGCAGCCUGUCCACGUACGCUCAGGCCGACCCGGUGCCCGCCGCGACGUCUGUGCGCGGCUUCGGCGGAGCGUCUGCGGGGCUCACCUCGACGUGGAUGGGGGACGGGACCGAGUGGUCCGCCACCGGGCUCAUGGGCGUCUCGAUGGCGGCGCUCAACGGGCUGCAGGACGCCGCCUUUGCGCAGCGGCGAGCGGCGUCGCGGCUGCUCGAGAUGUCGGCCGCCGACUCGUGGCCGCCGCCCGCGCGGAGUGCGGCCGCGGGCGGGCAGGACCGGUGA